UUACUAACCAGAGAUCAGCGGUUUCAAGAGGCGCUUGCUCCAAAAAAGAGGCCAAAAAGUAAACAGAAAUCGAGGUAGUAAUGUUAGUUAGUGGCAGCAGGGAUGAGGAAAAACAGCGUAACAACAUCUGAAUCAACUGUGUCCCUAUUUAUACAAAUGCAGAUUUGUUUUUAAGAAAGCCCAGGAGACAUUUAACAAAAGAAAAAGGCGAGAUGGAGAUGCUGUGUUUCCGGUUACCUGGCCACGGGGACACAACCCUAAAGCACCUGAACACACUGAGGGCCCGUCAGCAAUUCUGUGACAUCACUAUUGUGGCCAGCGAUAACCAGACCUUCAGGGGCCAUAAAGUUGUCCUGGCUGCCUGCUCGCCUUUCCUGAGGGACCAGUUCCUCCUCAACCCGGCCCCAAAGCUCCAGGUGUCGAUGCUGUACAGCUCCACAGUGGUGUGUGGUCUGCUUCAGUCUUGUUACACUGGCCUCCUGCAGUUUAACCCAGAAGAGAUUGUCAACUACCUGACUGCUGCCAGUUACCUACAGAUGGAGCAUAUUGUCGAGCGCUGCCGUGGAGCCCUGAAGAAGUAUGUGCAGCUAAAAAACCCCGGUCCAGCAAAGAUGACUUCAGAGAAGAGCCAGGCUCAACCUUUAAUUGUCAGCGGAAGCGUUCAUUCUGUUGCAUCCCCUCCCACCAGCCAACCCUCCCCUUUGCAUCUACACAGUCCUGUAGUGUGCUCAGUGGAGGAGAACAGCGGAGACAUGUCUGCCCGGGGAAGCAGUCAACACUACCAUGGCAGUCCCACUUUGGACGAGCCAUACAUUAAGGUUGGCGCAUCAGAUGAGGAGGAAAAGGCUCGACAGGAGGACUAUGAUGUGUUCAGAGUGUACAUCUCAGAAGAAGAUCAGAUGAACAGAGACCGGGAGGAGGAGAGAGGAGCUCCCUCUGAAGGAACACAGGAUGCUUAUUACCCAGAGACUGACGGUGUGGUGAUUGGAGAAAGCGGUGAAUAUGAGCUAAAUCCAACAGAAGAUAAUCUCAGUACUGAGGGACUUUCAGCUGAGGGGCUCCGCGCUUUCAGGCGCAGGCUUUCUGACCCUAAAACUGGGCGAGGGAGAGGCAGGGGUUUUAGGAAAAGAAGGUGGGUGUCAACACAGGAGAAAAGACUUCCAAACAACCAGGAUUUGUGGUACUUAGCAACUGCAGGAAUGGGAGGUAUUAUGAACAUGGACUACAACCAAGAAGGGCCAAAGACAGGAAACCUCCUCUCUGUUGAACUCCCACAGUUAGACUACAGUAUGGGUGACACUAAGGGGGAAAAGGUCUCACCAAUGGGAGGCAACAGUUUGACCCAGUGCGCCCUGGAGGAGUCUAGUUGUGGUGCUGGUGAGGGAAGUUCAGGGCUGAUGACUGUCGGGACAAACGAGGGAGGGGAUGAGUCUGUCGCGGUGGUGGGAUCUACCUCCAGUGUGUCUGGGCCUGUGAUCUGUGAGCACUGUGGCAUCACAUUCCCCUCUGCCCAAUCCCUAGCCUUCCAUUCCCGCUCCACCCACCUGCUUUACACCUGCCCCUGCUGCGGCAAACACUUCCACCACUCUGCCAACCUUACCCGGCACAUGGCUGUGCAUCGAGGCGGCGGCAAAACUCACCAGUGCCCCCUGUGCUAUAAGACUUUCACCCAAAAAUCCACACUGAUAGACCACAUGAACCUCCACAGCGGCGAACGGCCACACCGCUGUGCGUACUGCCACGCCCGCUUUGCUCACAAGCCUGCCUUAAGACGCCACCUGAAGGAACAACACGGAAAAACCACAGGGCAGAACUCUCUACAUGAGCAAGAGGAGAGGGAGAGAGCUGCAACAAUACGAGAGGAAGAGCAAGAGUGCCUGGUUACUGAACAAAUGUCAUUAAAGAUGUAAAAUACG